AUGGAAAGCCGUAAUUACGGUGCGAUUACUUGUGAAACUUGUAAAGCAUUUUUUCGUCGACUGUCCCUCAAAGACAACAAUUGUAUUGAAUGUGUUUCGGACGGCAAUUGUAUUAUAACAUCACAAACGAGAAAAAUGUGUCAGAAAUGCCGACUCGAUAAGUGUUUGGCCGUCGGAAUGAAAUCUCAAAUCAUACGAAGCGAUGAGGAAAACGAGUGGAGACGACGGAUGGGCGAAGAGAAACGCCGACAAAAACUACUGAAAACAACGAGAUCUUCAUCUCUGGAGUUAAAGACAAUGACUAUUAGUACCGACUCUUCCCAGGAGUGCAACGAAAUCGACGCUUUGAUUGACUCGACGGCAGAUAUCAGUCACGAAGAACUCAACGGACAGAUUAUGGACAUUGAAAACAGCUAUCAUUCAGACCAAGAGCUAAAUGACAGCCAAUUGCCGGCGAUUCCGGUGUUUGAAUCACUCGUUGAUUAUAAUGGCAUAAAUCAACUCCAGUUAAAGCGUAUAUCAGAGCUGUUGGGGGCGUCCAAAGUGUUUACCUAUCCAUCGAGUAAAACGAUCAUGGAGAUUCCGGACAUGUAUGAAAUAUUUAGGUUCGCAAUGUUGCGCAUGGAGUGCCACAUUAAUGAGAUUACCACGUUCACCAAACAACUCGAUGGUUUUGCCACUAUAUGUAGCGAAGACCAGUUUACUCUACUAAAAACGGGUUGUUUUGAAGUAUUAAUGUUUAGAUUUGUGUUGGAUUUUACUCCCGAGAGACGGGAGAAAUUGCUGUGGGUGAAUAAUGAAUAUUCUGUGAGAGUUUGCAAACAAUUGCCAGAAUUUACUAAAUGGGCCGGUUAUGAGUGGUAUAAAAGGUUCUUACAUAAUGUGGAUCCAGUCUGGAAAAAUGACCCUUUAACAGCACUCCUACUCUAUAACCCGAAUCGACCCAAUCUAUUACAUCGAGAGAAUGUUAAACUCGAACAACAACUUUACAUAUAUUUACUGCAAAGAUAUCUACUAUUGAAAUACCAGUCAGAAUCGGAAAAACGUCUGCAAAACCUUAUGAUCAGUUUAAGUGAUUUAAGAAUUUCAGCAGAACUUCAUAGAGAAUACGAGAGAAUUGAAUACAACAAAUGCAACGCUCGCCGUAAUUACGGUGCGAUUACUUGCGAGACAUGCAAAACAUUUUUCCGUCGGCUGAGUCUCAAAGACAACAAUUCAAUGACAUGUGUUUCGGACGGAAAUUGCAUUAUAACACAAAAGACCCGAAAAGUUUGCCAGAAAUGCCGACUCGACAAGUGUUUUGCGGUCGGAAUGAAAUCUCAAAUCAUACGAAGCAAUGAGGAAAACGAGUGGAGACGACGGAUGGGUGAAGAGAAACGCCGACAAAAACUACUAAAAACAAUGAGAUCUUCAUCUCUGGAGUCAAAGUCAAUGACUAUUAGUUCCGACUCUUCUCAGGAGUGCAACGAAAUCGAUGUAUUGAUUGACUCGACGGCCGAUAUAAGUAACGAAGAACUCUUUGGACAGAUUAUGGACAUCGAGAACAGCUGUCAUUCAGACCAAGAGCUAAAUGACAGCCAAUGGCCGGCGAUUCCUGUGCUUAAAUCACUCGUUGAUUAUAACAUUAUGGACAUCGAGAACAGCUGUCAUUCAGACCAAGAGCUAAAUGACAGCCAAUGGCCGGCGAUUCCUGUGCUUAAAUCACUCGUUGAUUAUAACGGCAUUAAUCAACUCGAGUCCAAACGCAUAUCAGGGCUGUUGGGGGCGUCCAAAGUGUUUGACUACCCGACUAGUAAAUUGAUCAUGGACAUUGCUGACAAGGAUGAAAUGUUCCGGUUCGCAAUGCUACGCACAGAGUGUCUAAUUAAUGAGAUUACCACGUUCACUAAACAACUAGAAGGUUUUACUUCAAUAUGUGAUCAAGAUAAGUUGUCACUACUCAAGAGCGGGUGUUUCGAAGUGUUAAUGUUUAGGGUUGCCCUGAAAUUUACACCAGGGCGACAGGAACACAUGAUCCGGGUGAAUAAUGAAUAUUCUGUGCGAAUAAAAGCUCGAUUACCAGAAUUUACUAAAUGGAGUGGUAUUGAGUGGUAUCAACGGUUCUUGCAUUAUGUGAAUCCAGUUUGGAAAAGUGACCCUGUUGUUAUUCACAUGUUAAUGGCAAUCAUACUUUAUAACCCUAACCGAGCGAAUCUAUUGCAACGAGAAUCUAUUAAACUCGAACAACAACUGUAUAUAUAUUUACUGCAAAGAUAUCUACUAUUGAAAUACCGGUCGGAAACGGAGUCUGAGACAAGUGUGCAAAACCUGAUGAUCAGUUUAACAACAAAUCGGGAAAACGAGUCGAGACAACAGAGGGCUGAAGAGAAACGGCAACAAAAACUAUUGAAAACAACGAGAUCUUCAUCUCUGGAGUCAAAGACAGUGACAAUUAGUACCGACUCUUCUCAGGAGUGCAACGAAAUCGAUGUUUUGAUUGACUCGACGGCAGAUAUCAGUCACGAAGACCUCAACCAACAAAUCAUAGACAUCGAGAACAGCUGUCUGUUAGACAAAGAGCUAAAUGAAAGCCAAUGGCCAGCGAUUCCGGUGUUUAAAUCGCUCGUCGAUUAUAACGGCAUAAAUCAACUCGAGUUACAGCGGAUAUCAGAGCUGUUAUGUGCGGCCAAAGUGUUUGACCACUCGCUCAGUAGAACGAUCAUGGACAUUACUGACCUUGAUGAAAUAUUUCGCAUAGAAACAGUGGUGACCGAGGGUGAAAUUAAUGAGAUUACUACGUUUGCGAACCAAUUACAGGGUUUGGCCACAAUAUGCAGCGAAGACCGGUUGACACUACUUAGGAGCGGAUUUUUACUGUACAUAAAUCUCGAGACUCGAGAAGAAGUGAUGUGGGUUAAUAAUGAUUAUUCUGCGAGAAUACGCGACAACUUCUCGGAAUAUACGCAAUGGUGUGGCUAUGAGUGGUAUAAACGACGCGAACAACAACUGUAUAUAUAUUUACUGCAAAGAUAUCUACUAUUGAAAUACCGCUCGGAAUCGGAGUCUGAGACAAGUGUGCAAAACCUGAUGAUCAGUUUAAUGCAAAACUUCCGCCAACAGGAAUAG